AUGUUAAUAAAUGAUGAUAACAAUGAAAAUAAUAAUAACAUCAAUUUAAUAAAAGCUAAUGAGAGUAAUGAUGCUAAUAAUGAAAAUAAUAAUAACAUCAAUUUUAUCAAAACUAACAAGAGCAAUGAUAAUAAUGCUAACAAUGAAAAUAAUGAUAACAUUGAUUUUAUUAAAGCCAAUGAGAGCAAUGAUAAUGAUACUAAUAACGAAAAUAAUGAUAGCAUAAAAAGUUUUGA